AUGGGGAGAGAAGUGCCACCCCGCAGAGGCUGCGGCACCCUGCGCCGGUAUCUGUUCGGAGCCGCGCUGCUGCUGGGCCUGCGGCUCUGCGCCGAGCUACGGCGCGCAGCGGCUCGGCCCCCGACCCGGGGAGCCCCUCCGGGACCCGCAGUCGCACCGCCCGGGCCGCACUGGCAGCGGGCGUCCGGCCCGCCGCGCGGUGCCAGCAGGAGGCAGGUGACCUACGUGCGCAGCGGGCGCCGCGCGCCGAUGGAGCCGGGCUGCUGCGCUCCGCGCGGGCAUCCCCGCCGGAAGGUCACCCGCUGGCACAUAGACCUGCAACCUUGGGCAGGCCCCACUCAGUCCCUGGAGGAAGAAGCCUUGAGGUUCUUGAGGUACAUCAGCACCACCCAGAUUGCAUGUGAUCACAUGAGCACAGACAACCUCGCUACAGGCUCCAGCCCCACAAACAAGCCCUGGUCUGUCUGUCUUGAUGACAGAUUUGGCUUAGCUCAUCAAAUCCGCAACAAGCAGUGCCGCCUCUAUUCUUUAGGGCUGGGCAGUGAUGAUACUCAGUUUGAGGUAAACAUGGCCAAUGGUGGAUGUGAAGUACAUCGUUUUGAUCCAAGUAUUAAAUCAGCUCACAGCCUGGAAAGUCAGCACCUUUGGUACCACCGCUUGUCUGUCGACUGGCGAGACCCCCAUCCAGCUGUUGCUGCCCAUAAACUGCAUAGCAACACUAGAAAACUGGGAGCUAUUUUGAAUGAAUUUGGGCAUCAUAAGAUUGAUGUUCUCAAAGCAGAUCUGGAAAGUGCAGAAUGGAAAGUUUUGGAAAAUUUGAUUCUGGAAGAUGUCCUGGAACAGAUUGGACAGCUCAUCUUUGAAAUCCAUCUCCACUGGCCUGGGUUUGAGGUCAGUGGCAGUGACAGCAGUGUGGUGCGGUUCUGGUACAGCCUCCUCAAGGAGUUGGAACUAAAGGAUUUUAGGCUGUUUUACAGCUACAAAGACUUAUCUAAACCCCAGCUGUUCCUGAAGAAGGACAUUUUCAAUGCAAGCAGCUGUUACACUUUGAGCUGGGUAAAUAUGAGGUGGAGAUAAGGCCUCAUUAAACAGGACCUGUUCAAUAACUGAUUGCAGAAUGCAUUAUGUCCACGACUGUGCUUUUAUAUUCUUAUAUUUACUUGUUCAUCUCCCCUAGAUCUCUCUAAAGGCAGGGAUUGUGUUCUUUUAUUUUUUGGUGGGCACACCGGUGACACUCAGGGUUACUCCUGGCUACGUGCUCAGAAAUCGUUCCUGGCUUGGGGGACCAUAUGGGACGCUG